CAAGAGCCUGGCGCUUCGGCACUCAACUUCAUCUAUUCCUGUUCGAUCUGCGGCGUUACUUUUGCUGAUAGAUAUGAGGGCCACAACGAAACCGUCCAGGGCCUCUCGGACGGCAUCAACCCCAAGGACCGCCUGGUGACUAAGCUUUUCCUUAGUGACUGUUGUCAUGUCUUUUGUGGCGAGCACCUCGAAGGCGGCGGACCUCCAUUCCACCCCGCUGGCCAGACGCCUAGAGCACCAUGUCCAUACUGCGUCAAGAAGAAGGGCGAUUCUACUCCUCGCGAUCUAUACUCUGUUCGCGGUUUUGGCAAGGACGAGUACGAUCCAAAGAUCUCGCCCAUUUGGUUCAUGACACCGCCCAUGAGCCUCAGAAAUGAGACCAAUGAGAUGGAAGUACUUCGAUUCCAAUAUCUAGCACUUGCUCGCUACUGCCGGAUGUCUUACCUGACGACGAAGCCACUCGCAGACGCUCUGAAGCAGACCAGGCAAGAACUUGUCACGAUGCAGCAACGCGCCGCCGACGAUCACUCGAAAGUAGUCUCUUUGCAACACGCUAACGAGUCACUGCGAGCUGCAGCACAUCAGGCAAACGAAGUGGAAGCGCUAAGGGCCGAAGUACACAGGCUUCGACACCUCGAGCUAGCAAAACAUCAACUUGAUGCGGAUGUCGAGACAGUUCGCCUUCUCAAAGCCGACGUACGUGACCUGGACAUUCUACGUAAGAACAAGGCAGCCAUACUGCAGUACAUGAAACUGCUCCCCAAAGUCAUUGAACAGAAUACCAGAAUGAAAGAGCGACUUUCUUCGCUGGGGUUUGCAAUUCCUGUCGAGCCUGUUCCGAAUUACACGCAACUGAAGUCUGAUGAUUUCGACGAGAUCGGGAGCAUAGCUGAUGCUUAUGCUGAAGACGAUAGACAAUUCCAGAAGUCGUCAUCGACUCAUACCGCUGGACGCUCAGCACACACCUCUGGCCACCCAUUUUCUUCGAGCGAUCGUCCAUCGAAGCGUCAGCGGGUCGAUUCUCCUCUACCUAACAUGCAGGUCCACGCCCGCAGUAGUCGUGAGAGAAUGCCGCCGCCCGCAUUGAAACCUCGCUCCAGCAUGAAUUCGGUUCGCCGCUUCCUACCCUCGAUACGUAAGAAGUUCUCAAGCAGUCGUUCACUGUCAAAAGAACCGCGAAGUCACGAUGCAGAUCUGCAGAUGUAUGACAAUGGAGAGUGGCGAGACGCAGCGGAAUCGCGCACAGGAGAUGGUCGAUCAUCACCACGCUUUGAUCUACGAAGCGAGACACCAUACAUGUCCGGAGCUUUACCAGCUGAGAAUAAUACCCAGCGGUCUCAGCUACUAGCGAACGUAGGAGCAGACCCAGAGGCCACGAGAUUCUCCUUCCGCGCACCAUCGCCUGUCAAGAAGAGUGACGGAAGAGGCGGGAAUCAACCUGUUCAACUACCUUCAGUACCAUCAUACCUUCGUCUUAUGGAUGGCUUAGUGAACGACAACGACAUGGAGUUGGGGUUGAGUGAUCCACGUGAGGCCGCGUCAAGCAGUUACACAGCUAACACAAAUACCCGACCGGCUAUCAGUACCCCUCACAACCAGCGUCAGAACCCGGAACCAAGCAGCCAGCCACGCUGGAGGCUGGGCCAUGCCUUCCUCCAUCAAUCGUCCGAUGGACCGUCUAAUGACCAGCAACAUUCUUCACCACUCGCAAAGACAAGGGGCUUCUUCAACCGCGCAAACUACGACUCUAACACCAGGACUGCGACCCCAAGUCUUCACCAGCCCCAACAACCUGCCCCCCAGGCUCAAAACGUAUUCACAUCGUUUCGCCGCCUCUCGGUCACUGAGACACCCAUCCUCACGGACCGUGACCGAAUGGCAUAAACCCAGCUUGAAUGGGCUGUCUUUUAUCGACACACCUCUUGAUUCGCGUAAUGAGCCCAUACUGCAGAAACGACACCAACAACAGCUCCGGCAGGAAUCUACAAGAAACCA